AUGGCCGUUACCACGCGGAGCAACAGUGGGAAACCAGAUCCUAACACCCACUCUGCUGCGUCAGAAGCAGACGUCCCAGCUGCCUCCAGCGCUCACCAGAAUGGCCAGUCAGGCUCCAGCAAGAGAGGCGCGUCGGCCUCCCCAGGAGAGCGACCACAAAAACGAGUCCGGACAACGCACGACGUACCUCCCAACGAGAAUGACGCCAUAGACCCGCGCGUUCUCGAGGUACUCAAUAAAGAUCUUCCGCAGCCGAGCACAACAGAACUGAACGGGAGGUCAAAUGGCAAGUCUGAUGAACAGCUCCCGAAUGGGAUAGAGGUUGCCCUUGCUACACUACGAAACAGUGACAAUGUCCCACUCAGAACUUAUAACCCUGCGCAGUCUAAAGCUGCAACUGAGACUAGAAGAAGGCUACAGACGAAGUCGCUUCGUCGCACGGUCAACUCACGGGAAGUCAUCUUUCCAUCGUCUAGAAGCCCCAGAGCACCAACUCCAGGCCGCGAGGAUAUACGUGGGGAGGAAGGUCAUGGGGCCGUUCCGGUUAGUUCUCCUCUAAGUCCGGAGCUGCAAUCAUCUCCGGCAAAGCAAUUCGCCCCGCUACCGACUACACAAGGCCAGGCUUCCUCGAUACUUGCCCCGACCAACAAACCUACCAGUGCUCCUGUUUCCGAAGAUAGAGAGGGUCCGGAACAUCCCGAACAUCAAGAAGAAGACUGGGAUAGCCAGAAUGAAGCAAACGAUUCCGAUUCGAGCAGUCGGGUUUCAGAUCGCACGCCCUGCACGCUCACAAUCCAGGACAUUGAACCUACUUUCCUUAGCGACGACUUCCUACCCAAGGAUAAAUUCAAUCUCUGCUUUGUGUCCCCAGGCGCUUCUCGGUAUGACCUGAACGUGUCUAAGUAUUUUAUGACCAAAAUGGUUGAAGUGGUGGGGAAGCCCUACUGGACAAAUGGCGGUGCGAAUUGGCACAACCAAGUUCUGGACAGGGACUGGGAAGCUCAGCUAUGGCAUCCCCUGGCUAAGAUAUGCUUCCAGGAGCUGAAGCAUCUUCGGGCCGGACUGUUGUCUCAAAUACCCUCGUCCGAUAACCUUGCCUACCAGGAGAUGAUUCUGAAAAGCUUGGAAAAUGAGUUCAACCUGGCCAUGUCUCGGAUCUCUAAGAAGGUCAGGUUGAUCAGCAAGAGGAUGGAUAUCUUGAACAAGAAGAACGCAAACCGAAAUGCCGAAAAUCAAGAUGGCUUGAAUGAAAAGACGGAGCAUAGACAGCUUAAGAGAGACACCAGGAAACACCUCAUCCCAAUGGCUGUGUUGGUCCUGCAGACUUGCUUCAAGUAUGGGUUAUGUCUGGACUACCCACUCUCUCGCUUCACCAUUACCACUUUUCAUAUUUUGCGGUGGACUACCGGUUGGCUGCUCAAGUUGGCCAUGCCUUUCAGAGACAAAACUGGCGGCAAUAGCGAUGGCAAAGGUGACGGCAAAGCUGAGAACAAGAGUCGGGACGCCCCACCAGAGAUAAAAGACUUUAACCUCGCCCUCGACUACUGGCAGGCAGUUCUCGAAGCAGAAGGGAAGUCCUACAAUAAAAAGGUGGAACGGGAGAUCGAAAUCCGCCGGAUAAAACAGAUAGAUGAGGCAAUACGCAAGGCUAAAAAGCAGAGGGAAGAGGAACAGUGGGCUUCCCGUGAGAAGCGCUGGGAUGCGUUCUUCAAAAGUGCGCUCGAGAUUGCGUCCAGGCCAAAUCCGCUGGAUGAAGAAUACCGCCGCGCUUCCCAGAUAGGAUGGCCCUCUGACUCUUCCCUUUCAAGGACUCAACAGCCUCGGCUCCUGGCUCUAGGUCCGGCUUCUGCCGGUUCCAGCAGUGUGCCUACCCGUCCUAGCUGGUCAUUGGAAAAAGUGGCCCAAUUUACUGCGCUGCUGAUCUCGCGAAAUCCGCCCAUCGAACAGCUAGCCGCCGCCCUGGAGGUGCCCGUUCGCGAAGCAUAUGCGAUGCGAGAUUGGCUAGAAAAGGAGGGGACGCUCAAGCCAACGACUUCUGCUCCGUCUUUUCAAUCCUCCGCACCCAUGCGCAUGCCUGACUGGCCGCGAGCGGAUGUGGAAUGGUUCAUCAAGGAGCUGAGCCUCCCUCACCCUUGCCCAAUCGAGGAUUUAGCCGAAGUACUCGGCCGCGAUGUCGAAGAGGCAAAAGCAAUGGCAAGAGUGUUGCGGAGACAAGGAAGACUGAAGAUGGAUCGUGGUCCAACUGCCGCGGCUACUAAUGUGACAACGGCGCAACAUUCUGCUCCCAAGUCGAAGCUGCUUAUAGCUGGCGCCAUGGCUGAAUCGACUGCUGCUCCCUCGUCUUCAGCUCCUCCCGAUCCUCAGCUAAUGCCGACACGCCUAACAUAUCCGGCUGCUGCCAAACGAGCAACGGCCGUCUCCUCGCGACCAAUUGCUGCACCUCCGAGCACAGCACCCCCUCGCCCUGUGCGCAGAGAGAUUCCCGAGACGCCAGCCCGGCCUCCGUCCACGUUUCCUGCCGCCGCCGCGCGGCACAGGGGAUCUCCCCCGAUCUCUGCUGUGCGCGCCAAUGUCCCUCAGACUCCUUCAAGACAUGCCCUUAUCGGGCAAGCCGCGUCCUCCUCAUUGGCAGCGGCAGCGGUGAAGAGGCAGAAUCAGGAUCGUGCCGGUCCAUCGGCUUCGGCUCCUGCCCGGGUUAAGAAGAGCCCCCCUCUCACCGCCGCACCCGCUGCAUCAGCUCCUGCGCAUGCACCUACCCCUGCGGAACAGCAGAGGCCCGAGGUUCCUGCUUGGAUGAGGAAGGACAUUCCUCCUCCGGGUUCUAGCUCUGGCGAAGAAGACGAGGAAGAAGAAGUUGAGAAGGUUAGCAAAGUCGGCAAGGGCAAGCGGGUUGUCAGAGAAGAGCAGGAUAUCUCAAACGAGAGCGUUGAAUGGGGGAGACAAAAAUAG